GUUAAGUAAGGGCGGAUACUGAUGUACCAUCCAGACUUUACCACCAUCAAACAUCGCUUGCAUUCUAUAGCCAUUCAUACGAAAGCGUACAUGUACUCCUGUCAUGUUUCUAGUAAAAUCAUGCUCAACGAGCGUAAUAUAUCCCGGUUCAUCUUGAUUAGCGUAGUACUCACAUUCCUGUACCGAAUAAGUCGGGCCGCAGAUGACCUGAUCGGUCAGUGACAGGCUGACAGUGUUUUCAGCUCAUUCUUUAGCCAACGCUCGAUGUAGUCUCCGGGCCAAAGUCGUACCGUAAUAUUUGUCAUACCGUCGUCGAUAU